UAACAUCCCCUAACCAUUUCAUCGCUCUCUCAAACUAUUGUGUUGCCCAGCUACAUUUCCGUCGCCAUUCGCCAAACACACAAAACUCGAACCAUCCACUGCAAUAAUCACUCCAAUGGCCUCGGGUGCUAGGGUUUUCAACGGCUGCAGAUCGCUAUUCGCCGCAGCAAAGUCCGCCACUCCCAAAUCCACGGCCACCGCUGCCGCUACCACCACCACCGCUGCAAAGAAGAAAACCACCGUCAAAAAACCAACAGACAAACCAGCGAAGAAACCGAAGCCAGCUUCUGCUGAAAAAUCGUUGAAACCUGUUGGCAUUCUGAAACCAACUCCGAUUUCUCCAGCCCUAGCUCAGUUCCUCGGUGUCUCUGAGUCCCCUCGCACCGACGCCGUUAAGAAGAUUUGGCAGCACAUCAAGCUCCAUGAGCUUCAGAAUCCAGAAAACAAGCGAGAGAUAAUUUGUGAUGAAAAGCUCAAGACAAUAUUUGAUGGGAGAGACAGAGUUGGGUUUCUAGAAAUUGCCAAAUUGCUUGCUCCUCAUUUUGUCAAGACUAGUUAGAACAUGACACACUUGAAGUUCAUAUUUUCUUUUGAAUUUAGGAGUGCACUGAAGCUUCCGGAGUUUAUUUUGUAUGCAAAUUGAUGCUCAUUUCUAUGUUUCUCUGGGUAAGUGGUGUAGGGUGUUGAGAAAACAUGUCUUGUUGAAUGCUAUUUUCUUGCUCCUAGCACUAGUUGUAAAUGGUGCAGUGAUAGUUGUACUUUUUUCCACUUUCA